AUCUGAUUAAUGCCGAUUUUUGAAUAAAAUAAUUAAUUUCAAUAUUAUUACUUGUUUUUUUUUCUUCACUAUUGUAAUUACCAGUUACACACUUACCCACUAUAUUAAAUUACAAAAUACUAACUAAAAUGUUUAUAUUGCGAUUCCACUUCAAAAAAUAAUAACAACUUAUGUCUUGCCUUUUCAUUUGUAAGUAUAGAAUUUAUUGAAUUAACAUUUAAUGUGCAUUGUUAGCUAUUCAAUUAUUUUGUAUUUUUAAAUUUAAAAUUCCCGAACGAUCAAAGACGAUAUUUAUAGCUAGAAUCCUUAGGCUUAAGUAAUACGGGAUAGUGGAAUAAAAUAUGUUCUAAGCAUUUUAUGGUAGGUGUUUUAAAAAAUAUACUAUUGGGCGAUGCAGUAUCUAUGCCAAAUGAUUUUAAGAAGUAAAUGUCUAAUUAUCAUACUUAAAGUAUAUUUCAUUAUUAUUUUUUACUAAUAACUUAAAAGCAAUUAUGAUAUUAAUUACAGUAACAAGAAUGUACCAUCAUCUCCAUUAUUCAAAACAAUGGAAGAUUUAGUUUUGAUGGGUACCCCAGUUGAAUAUACCAAGUAAUAAUAUUUUAUAAUAUCUAAAUUAUAUAUAUUUUAAUACAUAUUUCUUUAAAUUUCUGAUUUGCUGUGGGCUAUAGAUAGUAUUAUACAUUAAAAAUAUUUUGUUUCAGCGAAGAUACAAAUUAUUCAUGUUGUUAUAAAACACCUGUAACGCUACAAUAUCAGUCUAAAAGGUAACUAUAAUAAAUAUUACAUUAGAAUAACAUGUUAUUUAAAAGUUAUAUUUUUUAUUUUCAAAUAGGAAAUUAUUUUCCAACAGCUUAGGAUUUCCAAACAAAGUAUUGUGCUCUUUUUCUAGAUUUGCUGAUUUAAAGGAAAAUAAUUUUGGUGCCCCUAGAAGAGCCAAAAAGAAAUUUAACUUAAUAAAAAAAACUGUUAGAUCUAUAUAAAAAAAAAAAAUAUAUCUGUGCAAAAAAAUCACUGACUAGAACAAAAAUGAAUUUGUUGAAUAAUAUUAUUAAGGACCAACAUGACAAAUUAUUACAAACUAAAAUUACAACUAAUUCAAAAGUAUUUAUAUUUAAAUUAAUUAUUUUUGUUUACAGAGUGUAUGAUGUUAUGGUUUUGAUGAAAAUACAACUACAGUUAGGAUCAUGAUAACCCAAUCUGAAAAUUAAUCUAAAUCUCAAGUCACCCCGGCUUAAAAUUAUGUUUUUCAUUUAUUAACGUAACUAUUAAAUUUUGUAUAUUAAACGACUCACUGUGUUUAGAAUAAAUAUAUUAAGACAAAAAAAAUGUGAUGAACAAUAAUUAAAAACCAAUUAUAUGUGUUUUCUAAUAAAAAUGCCCUUAUAUUAUAUACUUGAUUAACCAUUAC